AUGCUAAGCGAUAUCAAAAAGUUCGGGAUUUCCGCGUGGAGGGAGAUUCAACAUUUCUUCAGAAGGCCCCGGGAUGCGGUCCUCACGGUCUUGAGCCUUUGUUGCAUCAUCCUGUCAGCUUUGAUGCUUUGGAAGGUGCUGGUGAUAGCUGCGGGAAGUCCGUCGCCUGUGGUGGUGGUGCUGAGCGGCUCCAUGCUGCCCGCCUUCAGCCGGGGGGAUAUUCUCUUUCUGGUGGACCAUGGGCCCAAGACGGCUGUGGGGGAUAUUGUGGUUUUCAAGGUCGAAGGACGGGAUAUUCCAAUUGUGCACCGCAUCUUAAAUAUGCAUACAAACGGCGCGGGCGAAAUGAGACUGUUGACGAAGGGGGACAACAACUCCGUCGACGACAGGGGCUUGUAUGCAAACAAAGACUUGUGGCUGAAGGACUCGAGCGUAAUGGGGACCACCGUAGUGUAUCUUCCUUACGUGGGGCAGGUGACGAUCCUUCUGAACGAUUACCCCGUAGUCAAGUGGACGCUAAUAGGAGGAAUGAUCGCCCUUGCUUUGCUAGGCUACGAAUAA